AAACAUAGUCAUACACUUGCCGUUAUUGUCUAGAACUCUCUCUCUCUCUCUCUAUCUCGCUCUCUUCCUUACACAUCUCUCACCGUCUCACACAUCUCUGAACCUAAGACAACUUCGAUCUAAAAAAGCCUUCUCUCCUUUAGAUUCUCUUCUCCAACACAAUCAUGUCGGUGUUACUCCCUCUCUGUAUGAUUAUCUCCAUGUUUACCUAUUCACACGCGGCGUACUGUGUGUGCAAAGAUGGGAACGAGCAAGUGCUUCAGAAAGCAAUAGACUACGCUUGUGGAAAUGGAGCUGAUUGUAGCCAGAUCCAGACCUCUGGAGCUUGUUUCCAACCUAACACCGUCAAAAACCACUGUGACGUCGCCGUCAACAGUUACUACCAGAAAAAAGCUUCUACCGGCGCCACCUGUGACUUCAACGGCGCUGCUACCAUCUCUCCGUCUGCAUCAUCAAGCUGUUUAAGUGGUUCAAGCUCUAGUGGGACUCCAACCACCGGGACACCAACCAGUGGAACACCAACCAGUGGAACUCCAACCAGUGGGACACCAACCAGUGGAACCCCGACCGGUGGUACUCCAACCAGUGGGACCCCAACUGGUGGUACUCCAACCAGUGGGACACCGACUAGUGGCUUCCCAAACACCGGGACUCCUAGCACGGGGACUUCCACUGGGAUGCCAAAUUCAGGUAACAACGGGAUGCCAACUUCAUCAUCGUCUUCGGUGUUCCCUGGCACUACUCUUGGACCGACUGGUAGCGGUGGACUAGGUGAUCCAAAUGCUGGAGAGAAGCUGUCAGUUCGAGCUAACACGGUCUUCUUCUUAUUAAUCGGUGUAGCUAUCAUGCUUGUCAUGAACGCUUAGAAGUCACACGGUCGGUUGUGGUUGUAAUUGGAAUUGCGGAGAGAGAUCUUUGCCAACGGGCUCAUGGUCGAUAGAGCCAUCUCUUUUUUCACUCUGUCUUUCUAGGGUUUGGGAAUUAGGUUGGCCGAGAGACAUAUAAUGCUGGUAGUAGCUAGUAUUUUGGUAUGAUGUACAACUUAACUAAGAGCUGUUUCUUUGUUUUGUAAAUCCGGAGGAUGGGAUGAUCUUUUCUUUCUUUCUAUUCUUUUUAUCUUGGAUC